UACAUUCAUCUUGGGCAUGCAUACGUGGUUGGUGACCUCGCGUGCCGCCAUUGCCGGAGGCUGGCUGGCUGGAUGGACGGGCGUCCGCGGUGCCGGUGUUUUGCAGCCUUACAUCUCAGGGAAGACGCUUGCUAAAAUGUGUGCAUGCCAAGAUUCCUGUGGUUCCAGACUGAUUGCUGGUGCGGAUGGGAGGUGGAUGCCCGCACGGAUCCGGCGUCUCCAACCUCGGCAUCCACAAGGAGGAGCGGCGACAAUUACAUACCCAACCAUGGGGCAGCAGCAAUUCAUGGUUGAGCCUCCCUCUACCUCUCUCACAUUCCCUGAUUUUGCUGCUGCUCUAAAUUCACUUUCACUUGAUUGAAUCUAGUGCUACUGCUGUCAGUCCCUAGUCCCUAGUGCUACUACUCUAAAUUCACUUGCAUGUUUGACUAAAUUCACUUGGCAUUGCACUGCUUGCCAAAUUGAGUUGCUUUCUUGCUGCCACCAAAAGUCAGUACUCCCUAGUGUUGAACCAGUAUUUACAUGCUUGCAAAUAUUGGUCUGAAUCUGCGAUGCUCCCUAAAGUUGACUAAAUCUCAUGGAGUAGAUUUCAUUUUACCAAUUGGUCUGAAUCUAUUUAUACGCUUUACUGAAUCGG